UUCUUUCUAGUCUUUGUUUUAUGUUUGGUGAUUUUCUUUAGUGAUAUAAUUGGAUUUCUUUAUUUAUUGAUUUGCAUACACUGAACCACCCUUGCACCCCAGGAUAAGUCUCAUUUGAUCAUGGUAUAUAACCCUCUGAAGUGAGUCUCUUCUAGGCAACACAUGCUUGCAUCUUAUUUUUUAUCCAUUCAGUCACCCUCUGCCUUUUGAUUGGAGAAUUUAAUCCAUUUACAUUUAAAGUAAUUAUUAAUAGGGAAGCACUUACUAAUGCCAUCUUAUUGUUUCCAACUGUUUUAUAGUUUACUUAUUCUUUUAUUCUUUUCUUGUUUUCUUUAUGGAUUGGCGAUUUUCCAUAGUGGUAUAUUUUGAUUCCCUUCUCUUUACCUUUGGUGUAUCUAGGUUUUUGUUUGGUAGUUAUCAUGAGGCUUACAUAAAACAUAGCUUAGAUGUAACAGUCUAUUUUAUGCUGAUAACAACUUCAAUCACUACAAAAGCUCUGACCUUUUACUGCCCCUCACAUUUUUUGUUUUGAUGUUUUACAAUUUACCUCUUUUAUAUUGUGUAUCCAUUACCAAAUUAUUGUAGCUGUAUGUUAGUUUUAAUGCUUUGUGCCUUUAAUCUUUAUACUAAAGUGGUUUACACACCACCAUAUUAAAGUAUUAGAAUAUUCUGAUUUUGACUGUAUGCUUAUCUUUGCUAGCGUGUGUUUUAUUUUAAUGUGGUUUCAUGUUACUAACUAGAGUACUUUAUUUCAGCUUGAAGAAAUCUUUUCAGCAUUUCUUAUAAGGCAGGUCUAAUGGUAAUAAAAUUUCUUAGCUUUUGCCUGUUUGAUUAGAUUUUUAUUUUAUUUCUUAAGGGCAACUUUGUCAGGAAAAGUAGGAUUGGUUGGUAUAUAUAUUUUUUUCAAAUCUUUUAAUGUGUCAUCCUACUCUCCUCUGGCCUGCAAGGUUUCUCCUAAGAAAUCAAUUGAUAGCCUAAUAAGAGUUUCAUUUUAUGUGAAGAAGGUUUUUUUCCCCUCUUCCUACUUUUAAAAUUCUUUCUUUGUCUUUGACUUUAGAUAGUUUUAUUAUAAUGUUUCUUGGAGAAGAUCAUCUUGGAUUGAAAAUUUGCCACAUUGAGCUGUACUGCAAGGGUACAGAUGCACAGUGGGCAAAGGUCGUUAUACAACCAGAACUGUAUUUAACCAAAGCAAGAGAGCAGCCAGCAAGUUACAGGUGUACACAAGCGAGUAUACAGACUGACCAUGUUAAGAAGGGAGAAGAGGGAUGGCGAGACAGGUGCCUCUCUGGAGACUGCGGCCGACUGGGGUCAGCCAGGCUCCAAGCCCCACGCACCUCCUGCCGCCCAGGACUACACCUCCCGGCGGCCUCUGCGCCCGGCGCUCAGGACUACACUUCCCGGCGGCCCCCCCUUCGGAUGCGGUUUCGUCCAGACCUGCCUUCCUGCCGCUGAUUGGCUGCUGCCUUCCCGCCGCUGAUUGGCUGCUGCCGUCCGCUGAUUGGCUGCUGCCGUCCGCCUCCCGCGCGUCGGCUCUCGGAGGUCGUGUCGGUCCGCUUGUCCUGACGCCAGGGGUUGGCAGUAUUCAAGGACGUGGCGAUAGACUUCACCCAGGGAGAGUGGAACUACCUGGGUGCUGCACAAAAGGACUUAUCCAGAGACGUGAUGUUGGAAAACUACCACAACCUGGUCUCUGUCGAUCUAAGCCAGAUGUGAUCUCCUUAUUGGAGCAAGAGAAGCAGCCUUGGAUGGUUACAAAGGCCAUGACAGGUGGACCUUGCCCAGAUUUACAGUGCAUGUGUGAUACUAAGGAGUUAUUUCCAAAAAAGAGCACUUUUGAUAAAGAAUCAUUUCACUGGUAUAUAAUGGAAAGAUUAAAAAACCACUUUGAUGGAUCCAAUUUCAGAGGCCUAUCUGAAAUACAACAGAGAAGUGAGAAGGAAUAUUUCCGAUAA